AUGACUCGCAAACGCCGCAACGGAGGACGCGCCAAACACGGCCGUGGUCAUGUAAAAGCUGUAAGGUGCACUAACUGCGCGCGGUGCGUGCCAAAAGACAAAGCCAUCAAGAAAUUCGUGAUUAGGAACAUUGUAGAGGCGGCUGCUGUCAGAGAUAUCAAUGAAGCCUCUGUUUAUACUUCAUUCCAGCUACCCAAGUUGUAUGCGAAGCUGCACUACUGUGUGUCAUGUGCAAUCCACAGUAAAGUAGUGCGCAAUAGGUCCAAGAAGGACAGGCGUAUACGCACACCACCCAAGAGUAAUUUCCCUAGGGACAUGGCUCGUCCACAAAAUGUGCAGAGGAAGUGA